AUGAAGUUAAACGCAGUAACUUUAGCGAUUCUCGGUGGAUGCGAGUUGGGACUUUGCCAUAACGUCCAAGAAACGGGCUCCCUCGAAGAUAUGUGGGGCCAAGAUUGGCCGUUCACCGGCAUUCAAACGUUUGCUCAUUUACCACAUGAAAGGUGUUUGUUAAACACGGACUUGGAGUUUGACGUUGGUAUUAUUGGUGUACCUUUUGACACUGCCGUGUCAUUCAGGCCCGGGGCACGUUUUGGUCCUGAGGGCAUUCGGAGAGCGUCGCAACGGCAGACGUCGAUGCGUGGCUUCAAUUUUAGGGCUGGCAUCAACCCUUAUCAAAAUUGGGCAAAAGUCAUGGAUUGUGGUGACAUACCGGUUACUCCAAUGGACAACCACUUGGCCUUGAAGAUGAUGGGUGCUGCUUAUGACAAUCUUCUUGGCAGAAACAGCUCUACUGAAAAGUCCACUCUUCCCCCAAGAUUGGUCUCUUUGGGCGGCGAUCACAGUAUUCUUUUGCCCAUUCUGCGUUCCCUACACAAGGUGUAUGGUCCUGUCUCAGUGAUCCAUUUCGACUCCCACCUAGAUACCUGGGCGCCAACAAAGUAUCCGUCAUACUGGCACAGUGAGGAGUCUGAGUUCACGCACGGCUCGAUGUUAUGGCUCGCUAAGCAAGAAGGACUUUUGUCCGAAUCUCAUAAUGUACACGCCGGACUCAGGACCCGUUUGAGCGGUACUGAUUGGGAAGAUUACGAUGAGGAUGACGAAGUCGGAUUCCACAGAAUUCAAUGUGAUGAGAUCCUCGACAUCGGAGUAGACGGCAUGGCUCAGAAAAUUCUGUCCUUCGUGCCCAAGGAUGUGCCUGUGUAUAUCAGUGUUGACAUCGACGUGUUAGACCCAAGUGCCGCUCCAGGCACAGGGACUAUGGAAGUUGGCGGGCUGCUGACCCGUGAACUUAUCAGCAUCCUGCGUAAAUUAGAGGAUCUGAACAUAGUCGGUGCUGAUAUCGUAGAAGUUUCACCUGCAUAUGACCAUGGGGAUAUUACAUCACUCGCAGCUGCUCAAGUCGCAUACGAAAUUAUCACGAGCAUGGUUAAGAAGGGUCCUAUAGAGUCUUCGAUUGUUGAGCGGAACAAGAAUCAGAGUUCUUCCGAGGCUCCAUUGCUACAGGAUCAUAUUGAACGUCCUCGAAAGGUUCUUCUAGGCCCACAUGGACAAUCUCUGGAAGCUUUAGAACGUGAACAAGUCGUUUUCGAUUCACAGAUCUCCCUUCUUUAG